UCAACAACAAGACGUACCUACUCAACAAUGUCGGACAAUACUACAACGAUAUCAACGUCAACAUCAACACAAACAUCACAUCAAGGAGGAGGACAUACUGAUCAUAAGUUUACCAACAGACUUAUACAUGAGAAGUCACCUUAUCUUCUACAACAUGCUCAUAACCCUGUAGAUUGGUUCCCUUGGGGAAAGGAGGCAUUCGAGAAGGCAAAGAAAGAGGACAAGAUGAUCUUCCUCAGUGUUGGAUAUAGUACAUGCCAUUGGUGUCAUGUGAUGGAGAGAGAAUCAUUUGAGAGUGAAGACAUUGCCAAGGUCAUGAACGAACUGUUUGUCAACAUCAAGGUGGAUAGAGAGGAGAGACCUGACAUUGAUAAGAUAUACAUGACCUACAUAACAGAGACAACUGGCCAUGGAGGAUGGCCAAUGAGUGUUUGGCUAACUCCUCAGUUGGAGCCCGUCACUGGUGGAACUUACUUUGCACCAGCGGCAAAGUAUGGAAGACCAGGCUUCCCUGACAUGUGUAAGAAGAUCAACAGCCUCUGGACAAACAAUAGACAGAUGGUCACAGAGAGGGGCGCGACAUUUAUCAGCUUCCUAAAGGAGGAGAAGCCACAGGGUAACAAAGAGGUCGCUCUUUCAGAGCAUACGAUCGACUUGUGCCACAAGAAGUUGGUCGAGCAGUUCGACCCAGAGUUUGGCGGCUUCUCCGACGCUCCCAAGUUCCCUCGAACGUCCAUAUUCAACUUCCUUCAUCGAGUGUACAGACAAUAUCCAGCCAACAAAUAUGACACGCUCACCAAGCUGCACUUCACUCUGAGAAAGAUGGCAAUGGGUGGAAUGUACGAUCACUUGGGAGGAGGAUUCCAUCGAUACUCUGUGACACCAGAUUGGAAGGUGCCACACUUUGAGAAGAUGCUCUACGAUCAAGGACAGAUCGCCACAGUCUACCUUGACGCCUAUCAAAUCUCAAAGGACACCUUCUUCAAAGAUGUCGCCACUGGAGUCUUGGACUAUGUCUUGAAGGACCUUACACAUCAUGAUGGUGGCUUCUACAGUGCAGAGGAUGCAGACAGUCUAAUGGAGAAUGGAGAGAAGGGCGAGGGUGCAUUCUAUGUGUGGACAGAGUUAGAGAUCAAGAACAUUCUGAAGGAUGAUGCAGAGGUAUUCAGUUACAUCUAUGGCAUUCAGAGUGGUGGCAAUGUGUCGGCAGAGGAGGACCCUCAUGCAGAGUUUGUGGACAAGAACAUUGUGAUGCAGUUCCACACAUUCCAAGAGUGUGCCGAUAAGUUCAAACAGUCAUUGGAGGAGAUCACCAGCUCUGUCGAGAGAUCAAAGGCCAAGUUGUUGGUUGAGAGAGCCAAACGACCAAGACCUCACCUUGACGAUAAGGUGAUCACUGCCUGGAAUGGACUGAUGAUAUCAGCCUUUGCCAAGGCCUACCAACUCCUGGAUGAACCAAAGUAUCUGGAGGCUGCCAAGCGAGCAAUUGAGUUCAUCAGGACCAACCUGUACAAUCAAGAGAAGCAUACUCUCAUCAGAAACUAUCGCGAGGGUCCAAGCAAUGUUGAUGGCUUCGCCGAUGACUAUGCAUUCUUUAUUCAAGCAUUGCUUGACAUGUAUGAAAGCAGUUGCGACAUUAGCUACUUGAGAUGGGCUUAUGAGCUACAGAAGAAACAGGACGAGUUGUUCUGGGACACAGAGGGCCAUGGAUACUUCUCAAGCAGUGGACUGGACAAUAGCAUUUUGUCAAGACAGAAGGAGGAGCAUGAUGGCGCUGAGCCAUCGUGCCAGUCAAUCUCAUGUCUCAACCUCUUGAGAUUGUCCUCAAUGCUGUACAACCCUGACUAUCAGGAAAAGGCUCGCCUAACCCUCGAGUCAUGCUCACUGUAUCUACACCGUGCUCCAAUCGUCUUCCCUCAGAUGGUAUGUGGACUCAUGACCUACCUCGAGCCCAACUACUCGCUCUCCUUGGUGGGCGAGAAGGAUUCCGCCGACUUCAAGGCCAUCCUAUCCACUGUGCACCAAUUCUAUCUACCAAACAAGGUGUUGCUCUUUAAGAACACUGAGCAGCCAGCCGAUAUGGACUUCUUUGGUGAAGAGUCCAUCCAGAACAAAUCACUUCCACAGUACUCCAAGCUAUAUGGCAAGGCUACCCUGUACACCUGCAGCAGUGAGAAGGUCUGCUUCUCACCAAUCAACGAUGUUGAAGCAGUCAAGAAGCAGUGUACCACCAUCAUAGACAAGACAACACAUGACUUCGGU